AUGAAACUCGUACGUUCUCAAAGCUGUAAAGUCUUGCGGCUCUAUGAGCAUGAUCCCCUAAAAGAGACAACCGGCUCGGCGAAGCGACUGUGCAUUGACAGUCGUGAAUUGCGCGACUUGGGUGGUCCGAAUGAGACUGAGUUCAAUGCAGUGGAGUGGGCUUGCGUGGUGUACCUUGUGGGCUUGGAGGCUCCGGCCCUGCCGAGAGGACCUAGCGCGGGUUGGGCCAGUCGCGUCAACGCGUGUCUGCGGCCUCAAGAUUUCGAUUUCGUCCGGGAUGCUGACGGUAUUGGUUGA